CUCUCCUCUGGGUGGCUCUCGUCUCGCCUUCGUUCGUUGGGUGUAGCAGCAGGACAGGAGGUGGCAGCAGUUAAGUUAAGUGAAGUGAAGUUAAACUGGCAGGCUGUGCGCACGGUGAGCUCCGGAGGAUCUGCUGAACGGGAGAGACAUGGAGGAGACGGGCGGUGCAAGUGCGUACGGGGCUUCGCUCGCAGGAGGAAGCUUCGACUUCUACAAGUUUAUCCGACAGCCGCAAACCAUCGUGCGGAUACUCAGCUGGAUAUUUGCCCUGGUGGUGUUUGCUACCAUCACAUCAGAGGGAUACGUCAACUCUCCCCACAGUGAAGAGGUAAAGUGCAUCUUUAACCAGAAUGACUCGGCAUGUCAUUACGCUAUUGGCAUCGGGGUGAUUGCCUUCCUGGCAUGUGUGGCCUUCCUGAUGUUGGACGUUUACUUGCCUUUUAUGAGCAGCGCGCAGGAAAGGAAGUACGCUGUCAUGGCAGACCUGGGAUUCUCAGGGGCGUGGAGCUUCCUGUGGUUUGUGUGUUUCUGCCUGUUGGCCAGUCAGUGGGCUAAAACUCAUGAUGUGAAUGGUAUCCCAGAGGACGCUGCACGAGCCACUGUGGCCUUCUCAUUCUUCUCUAUCGCCACUUGGGGAAUCCUUACCUACUUUGCCCUCAGCCGCUUUCGCCGCGGUGUUAAUGAAGUUUCCAUCCCAACGUACACCGAGGCGCCACCAGAUCACCACGCCCCCUACCCUCCGACCUACGCCCCCACCUCCUACAACCCCACCACCUACACCCCUACCACUUACACAGCCUAUCCCAGCAGUGUGCCCGACAUGCACCAGCAGCCUCCCUUCACCCCAAACCCCCAGCCGCAAGGAGACGCCGGCUACCAGCCGCCCAGCUACUGAGACAAAGGGAGGUCACAUGGACGAAGUGGUGUUCGAGAUCAUCUGUUGGUACACUGAUUGUAGUUGCACUGCACAGACCCAGAGCUAUAUCAUAUUGAUGUGGAUUUACAUUUGAUUUAACAUACUUUUCCAAGUGUCCGAUUUAAGAGCCUGAGCAGUGCAACUGCAAGUAAGAGACGAGGGACACUGCUGUUUACGUCAAGUGGUCAGAUUUUAAGACAUCACGCUGACUGUAAGGAUUAGCGCUGAUGAUUGGGUAAUCUGACCUUAGACCUGUGUGCAAAGAUACUACUUUUUUUUUUUUUACCUCAAAUGUGCUGAGCCUGAAGGGGAGAGGUUAAAGGUCACAGAAAUGUGAUGUGAAGAAUACCUGUGAUGGCUCUAAUCAGAGUGGGAGAAGCCAACACCUAAUGUGUUUGCCUCCUCUUUCCUCUCUGUUGGAACCUGAGUGUGCAUUUGUACAUAGAUUUCACUGCAAAGCUGCCAUUUUAAUGGUCGUAUGUGCCUGACUUUCUUUUCUUAUUUGGGUUAGUUUAUCUUGAGGACCUUUAAACAGUGUAAGAUGUAUUAAAUUAACACAUGAUUUUGUGGGAGUAGAGCACAGUGGGAAAAGAUUACUAUAAAGCCAAAUGGCCCCCUUUUGAUUUAGUUUUUUGAAAAAAACGUGGGUUCUGUACUGAUUAUGCAGUCAAGUUUCUUAGCCAUAUAACCAUAAAAUCAUAAAAUCACCCCUGAAAGAAAGAUUUGCAACCUUUGUGCUCAAGUAAAAUUGCUUCUGUGUUCGCCAUCCCAACUAGCUAUGUUUUUAAGACGACUCUAAUCAAAAUGUGUUGUUGAUGGUGACUUGGGAAACCAUAAAAAAAAACUCCAUUACUUCCACUGUGGCCAUGGUAGAUGCAACAAAUAUUCAAAAAACAAAUGUUUGUAAAAGUGGGUUACAUGUGCCAAUCUGUAGAGGCAUUUAUUGGACGUUCAUAGGUGGUGUUGCCCUUUUAAACUUGUAGCUAACAUUCAGACAGACAGGAGGGGGGGGGAGCAUGUAGAUAACUAUGCACUUGUUGAACAGGUCUAUCCAUCGAGCAUGUCCUCACACUGAAGAGUAACUUAUUAACUACCAGAAACCAGGCUCCCUCUUCAGCCUGCAAACACUUCCUCCAAAGUCUUUGUGACAUUUAGUUUUCUGAACACUGAUGUUUAUCUCUUCAAUGUUUAUCAGAGUGCAGCGGGUAUGUCUUGACCAUUGACAGAUUGACACCUCAGCCUGCAACGGUGAGAAUCACACACCUGUCCUUAGAAAGACUACUGAUUUACUUUGUCGCUUCGUGCCUGACAGUAAUCUGUUUGUCAGUUCAACCCCUCAGCUGCCUUGUCGGGAUCCAGUUAUGGCUGUUGUAGCUAAAGUGGCACUCAAAGGUUAGCCCGAGAUAAGAUUUUGGUAAUUGUUGCUCAGGUGUAAACUGACUUGAGAUCUGCAAAUGACAAGACCACAAACUGAAUGUGGAUAUAUUUAUUAAACACAAUGCCAUUGUGGUACCACGUUGAAUACAUUUGUACAAGUAUAAAGACAUCGCUGAUUAAAAUGUAGAAAACGCGUGCAUAAUUUACUGAAGGGAUAUACAGUAUAUAUGCAAAAACACUGCUGUUGACUUGUCAUUUGUGCCACAGUGAGAGAAAUUAAAACUUUUGGGGAAGGAAGUGUGCCGUGAUUCAAGUUAUAUUUAGGUGAAACAGCUGUGCAUCACAGCUGCCCUUGCUGCCAUGCCUGCUUGAUUUUUGAAAGGCUGAUUAAUCUGCUCUUCAGUUAACAUUUAAAAUCAAUGUAUCCAUCUGCUGGUGAAGACUGCCACUUGUCAUUAAUUUAAAAUCUAUCAGCUGACAGUGAAUCUCUAAGUUGCCUUUAAAUUUAAUGUGUCGCAAAAUAGUAUUGUAAUGGUAACACAAGGCUUACAUGUAAUAUGUGAUGCAUAUUUUAUUUGCAAAGUAAAUUAACUUGAUAUUUUGUAAGAUUGAUUUAUAUUUCUUUAAGGUCCAUGUUUUAAAUGUGAGACUAGAAUAGGUUUUAUAAAAACUGUCGCAAAAUAGUGGUCAGACUUUGGUUGGCUUGAUUUGUUUUUCUAUUGUUUCCAAGUAUGUUUUUUGACAGUUGCCAUGUGCCCUUUUGCUUUCAUCUUUCGGUCACUGUCCUGUCACAGUGUCAGAAGCACAACAGUGAUUUACUGGAGACCUUUUGUUUAUAGAAUAAAACCAUUCACAGGAUGUUCAGGA